CAAAUUUAGACAUCGACCCUCUUCAGCCAUUCUCUCCGAGCCCUCACAACCCUCAAAAUGUUCCGAACAACUCUCCUCAGUUUAGCACGCAGUGCUACCGGCCAAGCAAUCCGAACUUCAGGCGCAAUUGCGCGCCCUGUUGCCCCAAGCUCAUUCAUCACAAAGUCCCGGUUCGCCCCUUCAGCUUUCCAAGCUGCAAGAUGUUACUCUGCGGCUGCGGGCCUGUCAAAGCCAGAAGUUGAGGGGAGAAUAGUUGAUUUGUUAAAGAACUUUGAUAAGGUUUCCGACCCGUCGAAGCUCUCACCUACAUCACACUUUUCGAACGACCUUGGCUUGGACAGCUUGGAUACCGUUGAGGUUGUGAUGGCGAUUGAGGAGGAAUUCAGCAUUGAGAUCCCUGAUAAAGAGGCAGAUGCCAUCCACAGUGUCGACAAGGCAGUCGAGUACAUUCUUGCCCAGCCAGAUGCUCACUGAAUAUUUGCAUUGUAUAUUAGAUGUUGAAGGGAGCUCAUAUAGGAGACCUAAGCAAGAUGGAUGGGCCAUUGAAUGACCACUCAUGGGGGGAACUUUGUACGACGAAUCAAUGUUGCAUCAGGAGCAUAUUGAUUCCUUCGUCUGUAAAAAUGUUUAGAUCAUCUUACUCUUUCCUCUAUGUGCGUUGCAGCUGCUGGUGUGAAAACAAGGCUAGCUUGCUAAACCCACCCGCUAAAAGUUCCAACCCACCAUCCCUGUUAGGUAAAUCUAUCAAAAUCGCAUUGCC